UAGAGGCGCCGGCGAGCGCGAAUACGUCACAGCGCGCCCCACACCAGUCCUACGAGAAACUGACCGCAAGAUGACGACAAGAGGCGCUUGAUGUUUAAUAAAGAUGGAGAGUGAGGUGAGUCUGGUCGCUGGUCGCAGUCAAAGAGAGAAGAGAAGAUCUUAUAAAGACCUGCUGAGAGAAGAAGAAAUGAUUGACGCAGAGGUCAGAAAAUCCUCCAAGAAACGACUGAAGGAGUCUCAAGACUUCUACACAAGCAGUGAGAUUCACAAGAAGAAAAAGAAACAGGAUUAUUUGUACAAAGAUCACAGAUCAGGAUCUCUCCACAAAAAGCAGAAACGGUCUUCAGAGAGUCACCGGUCACUCCUGUCAUCACCCGACCUGUUGACUUCUCCUCAGACGGCCGUGACAGCCAUGGGUCUCCUGCAGGCCAUCACCUCCCCCACGGCCGUGGCCACGGAAGCGGCGUACCCCUCUCUCUCCCCAUCAAAGGAGCGCAGGAAAGAGAUGAGAAACGCCGCCUCAUCCAGAAAGCAGCCGCAGGUGGUGCGAGAGGGACUGCCCGUGGUGGGCGAGGAGGUGGAGCUGGAAGGUCAUUACGGAGGAUGUCACGAUUUUGCAGCCGACAGCAGCGGAUCGUUGUCCGCAGGCGGCAGCAGUCGUGAGAAGCUCAUGAUCCACGAAACGUUGUCCCACAGCAAGAAGAAGAAAAGCAAGAAGAUCAAGAAAAAGAAGGAUAGACACCGUGAAAAGAAGCACAGCAGUAAAACUGCAGCAGCCAACGGCAGCGCAGAACGAAGCGUGCACUCUGCGGGUCAUCACAGGCACGAGGAGAAAAAGAAGAGACAGGAAGGAGGCAAACGCAAGAGCAAAGACAAAAAGAAGAAGAAGGUUUUGACGGCGUAUCAGAUUUUUUAUAAGGAGUACAGAAACAGUAUUCUAGAGGAGGAGCCCGGGCUCGAUUUCGGGGAUUUGAGUAAACGUUUGGCUGAUGCCUGGAAGCAGCUGCCCGAGGGAGACAAACAGGUGUGGCGAGAGAGAUCCGAGUAUCUCCAGCGGAAACAGAUGAAGUCAGACGCUGUCAAACAGCAUCAGACAGCAUCUCAAAGACACCUCAAAGACAGCAGCAAGCCUAAAGAUCAUCAUCCGCCUGUAGGGGGAGGCGUUGCGCUGAAGAGACAGGACACAGCGGUCGCUCCAGUCCAGAACGGUUCUGUGUUGCCUCUCAGAGACCCUGAUGUGGAUCCCAUUGAUGCGGCUGCUCACCUGCAGCUGCUGGGCGAAUCUCUGUCUCUGAUUGGCCGCAGACUGCAGGAGACUGAGGGGAUGGUGACUGUGUCGGGUUCUCUGUCGGUUCUGUUGGACUCUGUGCUGUGUGCUCUGGGUCCUUUGGUUUGUCUCACCACACAGGUGUCAGAACUCAACGGAUGUCCGCAUCAACUGCUGUCAAACACUCUAGAUAACAUCGCAUACGUGAUGCCGGGUUUAUAACGGAUCGCUCACACCUCACGCUGCUGCUCUACUGAUGGAUGAACACUUCAGGACUCAAGCGCAGAUUUGCACUGGAUACAUUCACAGACACUUCAACUUUUAAUCCGUUUCUUCAUCAACAAGCGACGCUCCAUUUUUACCUGAUCUUGGAUUUUAUAUUUCUUUUGUGUUGUGUUUCUGUUUUCUUUUCUUCCAAUAAAAAGGAUUUUAAUAUGCUCUUUUAA